AUGCUCCAGGGCUCCAAAUUCUUCUACCAGACUAAUGGAACGCAAUUUUUCAUGAAGGGCGUCGCCUACCAACAGGAUUAUCUGGGCAAUGGCACAACCUCAGGCAACAACGACAACUACAUCGAUCCUCUCGCCGACCCCUCCACAUGCCAGCGAGAUAUCCCUUACCUCGUCCAGUUGGGCACCAAUACCAUUCGAACCUACGCGAUCGAUCCCACGCAGAACCAUGACGAGUGCAUGAGCAUGCUGGCUGACGCCGGUAUCUAUGUCAUCUCUGAUCUGUCGUCACCAGGCAACUCCAUCAUUCGAGACAGCCCGACCUGGAACGACGACUUGUACGCUCGCUACACUGCCGUCAUCGACAACCUGGCGAAAUACUCAAACACACUAGGUUUCUUUGCAGGAAAUGAGGUGUCCAAUAAUAACACAAACACCGAUGCCAGUGCUUUCGUGAAGGCUGCCGUCCGAGACAUGAAGGCGUACAUCAAGCAACAGAACUACCGCCCAAUCGGGGUGGGCUAUGCCACCAACGACGAUGCGGAAAUUCGCGAGAACCUGGCCAAUUACUUUGACUGUGGAAACCCGGAAGAUGCGAUUGAUUUCUGGGGUUACAAUAUCUACUCCUGGUGCGGAGACUCCAGCUACACAGAGUCAGGAUUUGAUCAACGAACGGCAGAGUUCGAGAGUUACAAUGUGCCCGUGUUCUUCGCUGAGUACGGAUGCAACACCGUCCAGCCUCGCGAGUUCACCGAAGUUCAGGCCUUGUACGGUCCCCAGAUGACCCCCGUCUGGUCUGGUGGCAUUGUGUACAUGUACUUUCAGGAAGUCAACGACUAUGGCCUCGUUUCGGUUGACGGCAACUCAGUCAGCACCCUGGCCGAUUUCAAUGCCCUGUCGAGCCAGAUUGCAAAGAUCUCCCCAACCGGAGUCAACUCGGCCAGCUACAGUCCUACCAACACCGCUGGCGCAGCAUGCCCAAGCGUCAACAACGACUGGCAAGCCUCUUCCUCUCUCCCACCUACGCCAAACCAGGAACUAUGCGAGUGCAUGUUCAACGCUCUGACGUGCCGACCGAACAAUGUGGACUCAGAAGAUGUGGGUGAGCUGUUUGGCGUUGUUUGCGGUCUGGCCGAUGGUGUCUGUGACGGUAUUACCGCGAACGCAACCACGGGCGACUAUGGUGCAUACGGCAUGUGCAACCCCGAACAACAGCUUGGUUGGGCACUUAAUACCUACUACGAACAACAAGCUGCUCAAGGGAACGGUGCCUCGGCUUGCGAUUUCGGCGGAUCUGCGACUACAGCCUCCCCCACUGCCCCGACCGGGAACUGUGCAUCUUUGAUCAGCCAGGCUGGUAGUGCAGGCACUGGCACGGUCACCUCUGCACCAAGUGGUACUGGUGGAUCUGGAUCUGGGUCUGGGUCAGGCUCCGCCUCCGGCUCCGGCUCUGGUUCUAGUGGCAGCAGCAGUCCCAAUGCUGGCGUUCCUGGUUUCUCUGCUUCUAGCCAAUUCGGCUUCCUGUCAGUUGCCGCUGCUCUUACCGUUGCGUUUGUUAGUGGAGCGGGCAUGAUUCUGUUGUAA